AUGAAGAUUCGUACACUUGCAUUGGGAGAAUACGGCUCGCCGCCUACUCGUUUUUGUCUGUAUCUGUUUCCGACACCUUUGACACCACCUCUUUUAUCACCUUCGCGGCAGAUCAGCAAUGACAAGCAGCAUCAAUUACCCGCCAUGAUGAUGACUCAAGGCAAUAAGGACAUGGAUUGUUGCUUUUUAUGUUUGGAUGAUUUGGAAGCAUUAUUCUUUAACGACAACCACGAUGAUGCCAAACAUGCUUUGAGUAAAGCCUAUUAUGAACAUCCAUCAUGGUUUUGUGCCGACCAAACUACCGGAAAGCCAUUCAUCACGACUCGUGCCGUGGCUCAUAUUGCCAAUCAAUUAUCCAUGGAUACGCUUGUUGAUUUAUGCACCAUGACUGAAUCUGAUAUUUGCCAUGGAAACGCGGAUCACCUCCUAAGGCGGGUGGUAGAUUUAAGACCCAUCUCUAUCACGGCUGUCGACCAAGAACUCGUUCCAACGCGUCUUCUUGAUGGUGCUGCUCGGUUUCGAGUCCAUGGCAAUACAACAACAACAGCUUGUUCACCCAUGAUUCGAUUAUCGCCUCCUUCUGAACAGCAACAUCCAGAUACACCUUCAAACACCAGCACUCGCUUUGAUCCAUGUCGCGAUGAUGUAGCUGCUUCUUCUGGUCGUCGAUUGUCCUUCAUGCCUCACAAGGAUGCAAGCAAGGUCACCACCACCAGUCAUGAACGUCAACAACAGCAUUUGCCUUUACCCAAGCCGUCUUCAUUGCUGCUUAAGCGAUCAGCUCAUCACCACCAUAACAAGGCACCAUCCAACCUUACCAUCUUGACACCUGCUUAUGGUGCAGGCGAUCCAGCGAGUAUUCAUUCGGCUCCUUUACAUCCUCGUGGCCAUAAACAGAAUCCUGUCAACCCAUUGCAAUCAGCCAAGCAACAGCGAUUGAACAAGGUGAUCAAACGAGCACCUCCAGCAACGGCAGCACCAUGGUCCAAGCACAAGACGACAACUUCCAACACGUUGGCAGCAGCAGCAACAGCACGACCACAAACAGAAUUUCCUAGUCCACCUAUUGUGCCUUCACAACAACGUUAUGCACCACCUACGACCUCUGGAUUGAAAACAGCCACCUUGGUGCCAAAGACACCUGCUGUUCCUGCUGCUCCUAUGGCAUCACAACCACUUUCGCGUAAACAACAAUUCCUGCAGCCUUUUGAAAUGUUGUACGACAAUAUCGAACAAACCAAAUCGUUGAAAGCUACUUUGGAUGACCAAAUCAGACAUUCAUCGACAUUGAUCCAUACUUUGCAAUCAUCCAGCACCAUGGUCGAGAAUUUAACACGUAAAUACGUCCGUGAAUCAGUACAUCAACAAUUGCAAGAUUAUGUGAACCGCAUCGAACGAUUGGAACAACGCAUGACAGCAACACGUCGACACUAUUCACCACCCACAACACCACCCUCUCAACAACAAGGCGAUCUCAAACAUUUGCUCUCUGAUCUGGUCAAUCGAUUGGAUCGGCUUGAAUCCAAGAUGGAUACUCGGCAAUGA